AUGUCCAAUAGUUUGGAUGAUGGUCACAUUCGACAUGAAUUUCGUUCAAUUUUAAAUAUUCUUAUUCAUUUUUCAUUUUCACUUACUCAAUUAGUUACUGUACUUGUUAUAUUAGGUUUACUAAUAGCAUCAACAGUGACUCAAACAUGUGCAUAUCAUUUUGGUAUUGGUUUCUGGUCAUUUCCUUUCUUACUUAUUUCUCCGCUUAGUAUUUGGUUAGUUAUAUGGCGACGUAGUUCAAUAUCUUGUCUUAUCGCUAUUCUUAUUCAUUUUUGUUCAACUCUUUUUGCAACAGCUAUUAUUAUUAUUAGUUUUCUUGUUUUAAUCGAUCAAAUUGGAUUCGUUUGUUCAACAUCUUCAUUAAAUUCUUCUUAUAUUAUACUAAAUAGUUCAUUAAUUGGUAUAGCUGGUCUUUUUAAAUUAUUUAAUUAUGGUGAAGUUAUUUUACUUUAUAUACUUUUUCGAAAUAAUGAUCAAACAUCAACAAUAUUUAUUAAAGAAUAUUAUGAAAGAGAUCAUUCAUUUGUAUCAGAUUCUAAAAAUAUUAAUGUAUGGCGUUCAUGGUCAGCAGUUACUGGUGAAACUCAAAGUAACUCAGAUAUCUUUUUUGCUUGA